CACGCUGCGCAGGCGCUACAGAAAGGCAGGGCUGUGAUUCUGCACAACACACAGGCUCCGAGGAUGCAGGCUCAGGCUACUUCUACACAGAUGCAAUCAAUUUUGGCUGUUUGAAAUUGAAGAGUCAAAAUCCUCUCAAACUUCUACUUCCAAAGAAGUGGUAACAUUUUCUGAACAAGAAAAGAAGCAGCUGCCUUUGUGUUAGAAGUGUUCUGGCAGUGGGCCUGCUUUUUUGUUUUUUGGUUUUUUUUUUUUACUUUCCUAAAUUUAAAGAACUAUGGAGAAAUGGUACUUGAUGACAGUGGUGGUCUUAAUAGGACUGACAGUACGGUGGACAGUCUCUCUUAAUUCUUAUUCAGGUGCUGGAAAACCCCCCAUGUUUGGUGAUUAUGAAGCUCAAAGACACUGGCAAGAAAUUACUUUUAAUUUACCAAUCAAACAAUGGUAUUUUAACAGCAGUGAUAACAAUUUACUGUACUGGGGACUGGAUUACCCACCUCUAACAGCUUAUCAUAGUCUCUUAUGUGCAUAUGUAGCAAGAUUUAUAAAUCCAGACUGGAUUGCUCUCCAUGCCUCGCGCGGAUACGAGAGUCAAGCACACAAGCUCUUCAUGCGUACAACAGGUGAAAGAGCAAUAGGGGUCCAGGUGAAGAUUGCUCAUGCAUUGUGCAUAUUGCUGUAUCCAGGCCUUAUUCUUAUCGACUAUGGACAUUUUCAGAACAUGUACAAUUCUGUGAGCCUUGGCUUCGCUCUGUGGGGUGUUCUUGGAGUGUCUUGCGACUGGGACCUGCUAGGCUCCCUGGCAUUUUGCUUAGCCAUCAAUUACAAACAGAUGGAACUCUAUCACUCUUUGCCAUUUUUUUGCUUUUUACUUGGCAAGUGUUUUAAAAAAGACCUCAGAGGAAAGGGGUCUGUAUUGCUAAUUAAGCUAGUUUGUACAGUUGUGGCUUCCUUCAUUCUCUGCUGGCUGCCGUUCUUUACAGAAAGGGAACAAACCUUGCAGGUUCUGAGAAGACUUUUCCCAGUUGAUCGUGGAUUAUUUGAGGAUAAAGUCGCCAAUAUUUGGUGUAGCCUCAGCGUCUUUCUGAAGAUUAAGAAUAUUUUGCCACAUCACAUCCAGAUAAUGCUCAGCUUUUGUUUUACAUUUUUGAGUCUCCUUCCUGCAUGCGUAAAAUUAACACUUCAGCCCUCUACCAAAGGAUUCAAACUUACUCUGGUUAGCUGUGCACUAUCAUUCUUUUUAUUUUCUUUCCAAGUACAUGAAAAGUCCAUUCUCUUGGUAUCACUACCAGUCUGCUUAGUUUUAAAUGAAAUUCCUUUUAUGUCUACUUGGUUUUUACUUGUGUCAACAUUUAGCAUGCUGCCUCUCCUAUUGAAGGAUGAACUCCUGUUACCCUCCGUUGUGACAGUGAUGGCAUUUUUUAUAGUUUGUGCAACAACCUUUUCAAUAUUUGAAAAGACUUCUGAAGAAGACCUGAAGUUGAAACCCUUUUCCACUUCCGUUAGGAAGUAUCUUCCACGUUUUACAUUCCUUCCCAGAAUUAUACGAUAUUUGUUUUUUUUCUCAGUAACCACUAUGGUCCUUCUGACGCUGGUGACUGUCACACUGGAGCCUCCUGAGAAAUUACCAGACUUAUUUUCUGUACUGGUGUGUUUUGUGUCCUGCUUGAACUUCUUAUUCUUCUUGGUAUACUUCAACAUUAUAAUCAUGUGGGAUUGCAGAAGUGGAAGAAAUCAGAAGAAAGUCAACUAGUUGUAUUCUUAAACAAAUGUGAAAAUGUGAACAGUGUUAAAAAGUUCUGUGAACUUUAUACACUGUAUAAAUUAUUUCAAGAAUCAAGGAGCUAUGGAAAAGGAAAUGGUGAAAGGUCAUUGUUGUCCACACAAAAUAAAUGUAUAUGG